GGGAAGUGAAGCUAGAAUAACAUCUAACAUGUCUGUCUCAGAAAUGGAAGUUAACCGAGCAUUUUUCACUUCAAUCAUAAAUUAGGAACUCAGGACAUUGCUAAAGUUCUCAGUUGCAUAGGUGGCUUUUAUCUACAAGAAUCAGGACCUUCCCUCUCCAAUCAGGAAUCCUUUGUGGAAUACAGGUGUCUGGAUUCAUCUCUGAGUUACAUGGGAAGUGAUAAUUAUAUGAUGGGGUUGAUCCGUGAUCGGAGGGCUCGUCACAGCUUAGAGAUGAGUGAAUUUCAUAAUUGUAACUUUGAACUGGCAAACUAUGAUGCCUCUACACAAUGCCAAAAGCAAAGACCUCCAAGCAAAUGUAGAGGAAAUGCAUCUCCAUUUUUUCCUGGUCGUUUCAUUGCCGUAGCUAUGGGGAUUCGUUUCAUCGUUAUGGUAACAAUAUGGAGUAUCAUAUUCUUAAAUUCAUUAUUCAACCAAAGAGCUCCAAUUUCUUUGAAUGAAAGUUACUGUGGCCCAUGUCCUAAAAACUGGAUAUGUUAUAAAAAUAACUGUUACCAAUUUUUUAAUGAGAGCAAAAGCUGGUACAAGAGUCGAGCCUCUUGUGAGUCUCAAAAUUCCAGCCUCCUCAAGAUCUACAACAGAGAAGACCAGGAUUUCUUCAAACUGGUGAAGUCAUAUCACUGGAUGGGCCUUGUGCGAAUUCCAACAAAUGGAUCCUGGCAGUGGGAAGACGGAUCCCUUGUCUUACCUAACCAACUAACAAUAGUUGAAAUGAGGAACGGCUCCUGUGUCGUCUACGGCUCCAGCUUUAAAGGCUAUACAGAAGACUGUUUAACUCCAUAUACUUACAUCUGCAUGCAGAGGAUUGUGUAAAGUGCUUAAGAUUUACAAAUCAUAAAGGGUGCAGAAGACACAGAAGCCAUCCUUGCAUGUUCUCUCUCUUCAAUUUCCAUGAAGAAAAUUUCUAUUAGAAGGUUCAACCAAUGUUUAUUGAAUUGUCUAUUCCUAUGUGUCAUCCCACAAAAGGUAACUUUGCAGGCAAAGAAGAUUAACAGUUAUAGAAUUUAUCUUCUAUGACAGU